AUGGACCCAAAAUCAAACUGGAAAGAAGUAAGCAUUUUGAUGCUACUGUGCGGUACCUGGCCCACAGAACUAACACCCGGUAAAUAUAGGGCGUUCUACAAAGUGGCCAAAAUAUUUCCUUCAAUAUUUUUCUUUGUAUUCUUGUUAAGUUUAACUUAUGGAUUAUAUUCGGUUAUUACACAGGGCGAUGUGGAAAACCUACCGCCGAGUAUAUCGCUGUACAUAACGAAUUUGAUAGUAUCGACGAAAACGCUUAUAUGUCAGUUCGGGGGCAUACAGAGGAUGAUUAAGUUAUGCGUGGAGCACGAUACGUUUUUGUCCAAAACUGAAGACGAAGCCAUACUUAAGAUAAGACGUAGUAACAUAGUCAAAGCCAAGUUGUUUAUGAAAGCUUUUAUAUUUUACACACCGUUUAUGGGCAUGUUAUUCAUUUUAACGCAUUUUAUGGAGUACUACGUUUUUUGGAACGAAGACAAAGCUAAGGAUGUGGUUCGUCAGUUACCCUAUCAUUCCUAUUUGCCAUUUGACUCAAACGAGCAUUACUUGUGGGGUCUUGUGUGCAAUGCUGUUUCUGCUUAUUUCGUCAUUGUUUUGUAUAUUUCGAGCGAUGUUAUGCUCAUCAGCUUUUUAUUUUCCAUCUCUAUAAGGCUGCAAAUUUUGCAGAAUUUUCUAAGGAACCUCGACAAGUACGCUGGAAAUAUCAGGCAGAUUCAUGGCGAAUUAACGGAAGAGCAGGCUGUUUUUGUUACAAUAAGAUUGUGUAUUAUUGAGCAUCAAAAUAUAAUGAAGUUGGUAAUAGAACUUAACAGCUACAUAAACUUUUUACUUUUAUUGGAAUUUUUUACAAAUUCCAUGCAACUCGCAGCCAACCUGUUAGCCAUAAUGGAGAGCCUUAAUCUGUCUCAAGCUAUUUGCGACUCAAACUACUACAAUUUCAACAAGAAAUCCAAAGAUUGCCUUAGACUCAUGUUGCUUGCAAAACUCCUACUAAACCACAAAAAAAUUAAUAGAAAAUACUUAAAACAAUGGUUUAUUUCCUUCCUUAGAAGUGAAACAUAUGGUCUUCUUUUUGGUAUUUUUACAAUAUCGCCUUAUUGUAUUUAUUCUAAACUUUUUGGUGAAAUAGGUUAUUAUACUGCAUGCUUUAUGCCCGGAUGUCUUGCUGGCCUAUCAUUGCUUGUAGAAGAUAAAGAAAAUAGGAUUUUUGAUACCAUCGCUUUUGUGAAUUGGGUUAUAGAAGCAGGAAUUAACAAUAUACGUUACUUUAACCUUUUUAACUUUAAUACAACUAGAGAGGGUAGUAUUAGAUAUUUAACUAUUGGGUACGCUUUAAAUUUAUUUAAAAUGAUUCUUCCAAAACUUGGCAAAAUUGUGGCAAGCCCAAAAGUCCUCCUAUCUACAGUAUUUGACAUUUCCAAUGUAAAAUUUGGUGUAUUCCUAAGCGCCUAUGUUACCUUAUACAGAUAUGUAUCUUGCUUCUUAGUCAAAAAGGACAGAAGACAAAGGUCCUGGCACGCGGCUUUAGCAGGACUAAUAUCAGGAGCUACGUAUUUAAUAUCUCCUAAUAUACAGAUACUAAUAAUUUCAAUGACUACUAUCUUACAAGUAAGUCUAUGGGGGUUUUUUUCCAAAAAUAAAGAACAAGAUAUAGGUAGAUGUAGAUAA